GGUGAACCCUCUCGUGAACCGUAUGAUGUUGCGCGUUUACACGUCCCCUUUGUUUAAUUCGUGUUUGACUUUUUAAACCUUACAUACAAAAUGAAAGAAUGAAAACGUCUAAGCUCGCAUUUCCUCGCUGUUUAUUAUUUUUUCUUCUGUUUACGCCUCUGAACAAGUGCGUAAGAGGACAAAAGCUGAAGCAGCCAAUGAGCGAAUAGUUUGUUACAGUGUCCGACAUUUCUGGUGGGAUGGUGAGGUUGGGCGUUACAGAUAUUCAGGAAAUUAUGAUUCCUCUGUUUAUUUUCCACUUUGCUUAUGUCAGCUGGAUUGUACGGUGGUUAGUAAAGACGGCCCGUGUCUCUCAGGAGUGAUUCAUGGUAGUUCAUCAGACACAAUGAAGAAAAAGCCUAGUGCUCCUGUGCGUCCCAAACGCAGCAGGCUGGUCAGUGCCAGCAGUGAAUGUGCUGCAGGGGUGGACACUGUGCUGAUCUCCAGUGCCCCACCAAUCUCUGAAACUGUCCCAGGAUCAGCCUCACAAAUCAGGCAUGUGACUAUGUCACAGCACAGUCACAACCUCCUCAAGUUUUUGAAUGAGGACCGGACCCGGCAGAAGUUCUGUGAUGUAUCUGUGUCUGUGGGUGGGAAGCUCUACAGCGCCCAUAAGGUGGUGUUGGCUCAUGGGAGCAGCUACUUCCAUGCCGAGCUAUCCAAGAACCCCGCUACAACACAUGUGACUCUGGACCACGUGGAGGACUCUGUUUUCCAGCACCUGCUUGGCUUUUUGUACACCUCUGAGUGCGUUGUUGCAGAGACAGACCUUGUGGCUCUAACUGAAGCAGCCCGAUUCUUGGACAUGAUGGAUAUACUAAAGUUGCUGUGUGAAGAAGGAGAUGUCCACCCUGUGAGUGUGACCCAGACCCCGGCUGAGAUAAGAGAGUCUCCUGAUGUAGAAAUGACCUCUAGUGACUCACCAGCAGGUGACACAGACAUCCAGAGCCCAUUUGAGCCGAGCACCCUGUGCAGUCACCUGGUUAGCUCUGAAAACUCAGUGCAGAACCACUUGGCUGAGAGUCAUAGUGAUGAGCAGCAGGAAACCUCAACUGAAAAAGAGAAGAUAGCAAGUCAGAGGGGCGUUACCACACGGAGAUCAGCUCGUAGGAGGAGAACACCCACUAAAUACAAGAGAGAUGAUGUAGAGUACUUUGUCAACACCCCUGAGGAAAAGCAAAGGACUGUAUCACCAAGAGAGCUGGAUGACGCCAGGGUAGAAGAAACAGGGGAGGCGGCUGCGGAAAACCAAACAACCAAACCAGACAUGAGCGAAACAUCUAAACCAGCCCAGGGGAAUGACGUAGAGGAUGAGGAGGAUGAAGAGGAGGAGGAGGGAGGAGACAUGAAUGAGGACGUGGCUGCCCAAAAGAAAGCUGCUGAAGUUUGUGCAGCAGAAAAGAGUGCAAGUCAGCAGGGUUCAGAUGCAGAGAGGACAGAGCGCCAGGCUGUUGGACAGGUGGAGGCGCACACUCCGGCACCAGCAGGGAGCUCUAACCAGAGUCCAGUGUACCCUGAGGGUCUGGCUCCAGUCAUCAUCUUGACCUCUAGCAAGAAGACUCUGAAGUGUCCCAAAUGUGACAAGAUCUUUGACCGCGCAGGGAAGUAUGAGAGUCACACCAGAGUGCACACAGGAGAGAAACCGUUCCAGUGUGACAUCUGUCUCCAGCGCUACUCCACCAAGUCUAACCUGACCGUACACAAGAAGAAGCACGCCAGCGACGCUCCCUUCCAGAAGAAGGAGCACAAAUGCCCUUUCUGCAACAAACUCCAUGCCAGCAAGAAAACGCUGGCAAAGCAUGUCAGGAGGUUUCAUCCAGACCACAUCCAGGAGUUUCUCACCAAAAGGAAGAGGAAGACUGAAGGCUGGAAAUGUGCUAUUUGUCUUAAGACCUUCACGCGCAGGCCUCAUCUGCAAGAGCACAUGAUCCUGCACAGCCAAGACCGGCCUUUUAAAUGCUCCUUCUGUGAUGAAUACUUCAAGUCAAGGUUUGCCAGGCUGAAGCACCAAGAAAAGUACCACUUAGGUCCUUUUCCUUGUGAGAUCUGUGGCCGACAGUUUAAUGACACAGGCAACAGAAAGAGACACAUCGAGUGUACUCAUGGAGGCAAAAGAAAGUGGACCUGCUUUAUUUGUGGGAAAUCAGUGAGAGAAAGGACGACCCUGAGGGAGCACAUGAGGAUCCACAGUGGGGAGAAACCUCACCUCUGUAGCAUCUGUGGCCAAAGUUUCCGUCAUGGCAGCUCCUACAGGCUUCACCUCAGAGUUCACCAUGACGACAAGCGCUAUGAGUGUGAUGAAUGUGGGAAAACCUUUAUACGCCAUGAUCACCUGACCAAACAUCAGAAAAUACACUCAGGUGAGAAAGCACACCAAUGUGAGGAGUGUGGCAAGUGCUUCAGGCGUCAUGAUCAUCUGACUGUCCACUACAAAAGUGUUCAUUUAGGAGAGAAAGUUUGGCAGAAGUAUAAAACGGCAGUGCAUCAGUGUGAGGUUUGCAAGAAAGAAUUUAAAGGAAAGUCCAGUCUAGAAAUGCACUUCAGGACUCACUCAGGUGAGAAACCCCACAGAUGUCCUGAGUGCCACCAGACAUUUCGGAUCAAGAAGACCUUGACAAAGCACAUGGUGAUUCACUCAGACGCUCGUCCUUUUAACUGUUCCCAAUGCAGCGCCACCUUUAAAAGAAAAGACAAGCUCAAGUAUCAUGUUGACCACGUGCACAGCACUCGGUUUAUUGAGCAACCCCUCAGCACGCUCAGCGAGGACAAAAUAGUCUCCAUUCCUUUUGAGGAAACCUCAAAAGCAUAUCGUGCUGAACCUAAGUCAAACCUCCAAAGCACUCCCCCUCCUAUGAACGUCUGUGUGCCAGUCACUUUAGUUCCUGUCCAGAUGGCAGGAGGAGCGCAAGGCAGCCUGAAUGCUCACGGAGCCUCAUCUCUCUCCUCUCAAACGCACAGUGUUGUGAGCAUGCAGGCACAAGGACAGCAGCAGAACUCUGGCUACCAGGCCGCCACAGACCUGGCAUUCUUAGAGAAGUAUACCCUCACCCCCCAGCCCGCCAACAUCGUCCACCCUGUGAGGCCCGAUCAGAUGUUGGACCCCCGAGAGCAAUCCUAUCUGGGCACGCUGCUGGGACUGGAUUCAGCUUCCUCUGUGCAGAACAUCUCCAACUCCGAUCACACGCACUGAUGCUCCUCAGCAUAAAAAUGGGACUUAAAGGCACUGUCCAAAAAACCUACCCAGUCAUUUGAGUCAGAGGAACAGAAGCUACAGUCUUCACCACUAAAAUAUAUUUACAUUUCAAGACAGAGAGCAGUUUUUGACUUCCAUGUAGAUGAUUCAAUUUUAGACAAAAACCACACAACUGUACUUGAUUCAUACGGCACUGGAAAACCCCUCUGAUGUUCAGCCUCAUCUCACAGAAAAUGUAUUUCUGUGAAAUGGUCAAAAAGAAGAAAACUGAGUGGAUCAGGGAACAGAGUAUGUUUCUGUUGUAACUAAAGCCUUAACAAAUACCUUCUUAACUCUGAAAAAGUCAGGUGUGGGAACAAUAUUAUUUGCUCAUUUUGGCUUUUAAUUUGUUUUGUUUUUGAGCAAAUUAAUUGGUUUACCAAAUAUCCAUGGGUUAAUUGAUAAUAAAAAGAUUACACUGCAGCCCUGUAAUACUGAGGAGACUGAAAUUGAGUGGCCUUAAUAUGUAUUGUUAUUUGUGAACUGCCUUUACAACCUGUCACUCAAACAUUUUGGGUUUGCAACUGUGUAAUGCAAAAUGAACAGAGAGGAGAUUUUUUUUAAAACUCAUGAAGUGUAAAUAUGAGCACAAUAAUUAAGUGUCACAAGUCAAUGUACUUAUGUAAAUAUGCAAGAACCUUGUUUCAAAAUACAGAUGUUAAAUCACAUAAAAUAUGAUGUGAUAAAAACUAAUAACUUUUUUUAAGAAUUGCAAGAUAAUUGAGAUUUGAUAACUAAAGAGAGGAAAAACAAUAGAAUGGCAAAAAAGUACCAGUUGCAUCCUGGGGUGGUAUUUCUGGUGGAUUUUAAUUGUUUCAAAGCAGUUACAGAUAGUGGCGUUCAGAAUUCACUGUUGGUGAAUUCAAUUUCAUGAUCUGAAACACUGCUGAUGUUUUUGUUUGUUUUUUUUUUCAAACUUUGUGUCAUGAUCAAUAAAAGCAGGAUAAGUGGAUAAUAGAAGUGGUUAAUAGA